AUGGGACUGUCUCCUUACCUCACGAAACCGCCGCCGUAUAUUUUGGCGUGCGUACUUUGCUCUGCGAAUGGAUUACUCUUUGGCAUGGACACGGGCGUUAUCGGUCCGGUGACUGAUAUGAAGGAUUUCAAGGCGCAGUUUGGAGGGAGUCAGAAUGCGACGAUCCAUGGGUUGAUUGUUUCGUCGAUUUUGAUUCCUGCUGCACUGUCUUCGUUCUUUGCUGGGUAUCUUGCUGAUAAACUCGGUCGGCCGAAGGGGAUCAGUAUUGGUGUUUUUAUUUUCGGUGUUGGGGCCGCGAUUGAGGCCGGCGCUACUUCUCUCGGCAUGUUUGUUGGAGGCCGGGUUGUUGAGGGUCUUGGUGAGGGGUUAUUUUUGGGAAACCUGGUUGUUCUCAUUUGUGAGAUCUCGCCGACGAGUACGAGGGGUCCUCUUACCACAGGUCCGCAGUUGCUGAUUACUAUGGGCUUGGUGGUUGGGUAUUUUACCUGCUAUGGAACGUCGAAUAUUCCCUCCUCAUUUUCUUGGAGAGCUCCAUGGAUUAUCAUUGCGUCGUUAUCCAUGAUUCUUUCUGUCUCGUCGUUCUUGUUUCUUCCCCAGUCGCCUCGGUGGUUAACUCUUCACGGCCGUCAGGCGGAAGCGGAUGAGGUGUGGGAUAAGCUUGGUGUAUCUCGUGCUGAGCGUGAGAAAAUUGAGCUGCAAGUGGAUGUCCAAGAAGUUGCACCUGAUGAUGGCGGACUAAACGAAAACGAAACGCACAAGCUCUUCGAGAUCUUCCAAAAGGACGUCCGCGGUCGCACUGCUCUCGCUGUCUUCCUGAUGGGUGUCCAGCAACUCAGUGGGAUUGAUGGUGUUCUAUACUAUGCCCCACUUCUGUUUCAGCAAGCUGGUCUCAAAUCUUCCGAGGCAAGUUUCCUGGCAUCUGGCGUCUCGGCUCUGGUCAUUUUCGCCGUCACCAUCCCCGGACUGUUGUAUUGCGACAAAUGGGGCCGUCGACACAGCAUCAUCUACGGUGGUGUCGGACUCGCAAUCAUCAUGUUCCUGAUUGGCGGCCUGUAUGCAGGAAAUGCGGUACAUGCGAGCUUCGGUGCGGGUCGCUGGGUGGUUAUCGUUGCCAUCUACAUCUUCGCUGUCAUUUACUCGCUCAGCUGGGCGAUUUCCGUCAAGGUUUACAGUGCGGAGAUCCAGCCUCAGCGGACUCGUGCCUCAGCUACAACCCUUGCGCACUCCAGCAAUUGGAUUUUUAACUUCCUGGUUGCGCUGGUUACUCCCGUUCUUUUGGCGAAGAGUAACUGCGGCGCGUACUUUCUUUUUGGUGGGUGCUCGGUUAUCGGUGCUGCGGUUGCAGCGUUUUAUAUGGUUGAGACGAAGGGAAGAUCAUUUAAUGAGAUUGAGAAGGCUUUCAGGCACAGAGAGCUGAGAAAGAAGGGUAUUUUCAACGUGUUUCGGCGACCGAGUGAAAAGCAUUCGCUUUAA